UUAGCUGGUUCUUAAACCCUGCCUUUGGGAAGGGAUUCUGCUGUUUUCUAGCCUCAGAGCAGCAUCAAACCGAGUAUAAGCCUCCUCCUGCAGCGAUUGACGGUCCAAGAGGGCCCACGUGCCAACAGCACCCACCCUCUCGACCCACCUCUGUUCUCACAGUCGUCUGCCUCUGGCAGCGUGAGCGGCCAGGAGGGAUCUCCUCGCGCUCUCAACUGCCUUCUAGCCAAGCCAACUGCCAUUAUUCAGGCUGGCAUCCAGGACGUCCAGCCAUGUUGUGCCUUUUCCUUCUGCUCCUCGGGCUCAUCGGACUCCAGACAGACAAUAAUUCUGCAAGACUGAAUGUGCAAAUUACAGUUCCGGAGAAAAUACAGUCAAUAUCAAGUGGAGGAAUUGAAUCCAAUGUGUCCUACAACAUUGUAAUUGAAGGGAAGACAUACACUGUGAACCUAAGGCAUAAAUCUUUUUUACCUAAUACUUUUAGAGUUUAUGGUUAUGAUCGUACAGGAAGUAUGAAACCUCUUGAAGAACAAAUUCAGAAUUUUUGCUACUACCAAGGGCAUAUUGAAGGUUAUCCAAAUUCUAUGGUGAUUGUUAGCACAUGUACUGGACUCAGGGGUUUACUACAGUUUGAAAAUGUAAGUUAUGGAAUUGAGCCCUUGGAGCCUUCAAUUGGCUUUGAACAUGUGAUUUACCCAGUAAAACAUAAGAAUGCACGUGUUUCUUUGUAUACCGAGGACAGUAUUGAGUCAAGAGAAGUGACCUAUAAAAUACAAAGUAUAGAGCCACUUGCAGACUUCCCUAGAUAUAUAGAAAUGCAUGUUGUAGUUGAAAAAACUUUGUAUAGUCAUCUGGGUUCUGAUACAGCUAUUGUCACUCAAAAAGUUUUCCAGUUGGUUGGACUGACCAAUGCCAUCUUUACUUCAUUUAAUGUUACAAUAAUUCUAUCUUCAUUGGAACUUUGGAUAGAUGAAAACAAAAUUUCAGUAACCGGAGAUGCUAAUGAAUUAUUACACAGAUUUUUAAAAUGGAAAAGAUCCUAUCUUGUUUUACGUCCGCAUGAUGUGGCACUUUUACUCGUUUACAGAGAAAAGUCAAAUUAUAUUGGUGCAACCUUUCAUGGGAAGAUAUGCGAGAGACAGUAUGGAGGAGCUGUUGCUCUGCACCCCAGAGCCAUAAGUUUGGAAUCACUUGCAGUUAUUAUAGCUCAGCUACUGAGCCUCAGUAUGGGGAUAGCCUAUGAUGAUAUUAACAAAUGCCAGUGCUCAGGAACUGUUUGCAUAAUGAACCCAGAAGCAAUUCAUUUCAGUGGUGUGAAGAACUUUAGCAACUGCAGCAUGGAAGAUUUUGCACGUUUUAUUUCAAAGCCAAAGUCCCAAUGUCUUCAAAAUCAGCCACGUUUAGAUCCAUCAUACAAAGAUGCAGAGUGUGGUAAUCAACAAGUGGAACAAGGAGAACAAUGUGACUGUGGGAGUGAAGAGGAAUGUGCUAGUGAUGCAUGCUGCGAAGCUGGUACAUGUAGACUAUCAGCUGAUUCAGAGUGUGCUGAAGGAGAAUGCUGUGAUGCAUGUAAGUUUAAGGCGAAAGGAGAAGAGUGUAGGGCUACCUUUGAUGAAUGUGAUCUCCCUGAAUAUUGCAAUGGAUCAUCUGCAUCAUGUCAAGAUAACUUUUAUGUUCAGGAUGGGCGCUCAUGUUCAGAGAAUCAAUGGUUUUGUCUGGAAGGAAAAUGUAGGAGUGGGUUAAAACAAUGUGAGGAUACAUUUGGUGAAGGUGCAGAGUUUGGUUCUUCAGAGUGUUUUGCUUACCUUAAUUCUAAGGCUGAUCAAUCUGGGAACUGUGGUUCAGGUCCUGACGGAUACCAACCAUGUCAGCCUAAGGAUCUUCAAUGCGGAAAAUUAAUAUGUAAGUAUCACAAAGAAUUUCUAGUUAGUGUUCCAAAUGCCAGUACUAUUUACACCAAUGUACAGGGAGACAUCUGCAUCGCAUUGGAGUUUCCACACGAUUAUCAAGAGAGCCCAAAGAUGUGGGUAAAAGAUGGAACUACUUGUGGCAAAAAUAAGGUUUGCAGGAAUAAGGAAUGUGUAGAUGCUGCAUACUUGAAUUAUGACUGCACUGAUGAAAAAUGCAACAAUAAGGGUACAUGCAAUAAUAAAAAAAACUGUCACUGUAACCCUACAUUUUUACCACCAAAUUGCACAUCUGUAGAUGGUUCAUGGCCUGGUGGAAGUGUUGACAGUGGCAAUUUUCCACCUGCACCAAAACCUUCCACAAGCGUUUAUGAAAGGCGCUUUAUUAAGAGUACUUACCAUUCCAAACCUAUGAGAUGGCCAUUUUUCUUACUCAUUCCUUUUUUCAUUGUUCUUUGUGUACUGAUCGCUACACUGGUAAAAGUUUAUUUCCAAAGAAAAAAAUGGAGAACUGAGGAAUAUACAAGCGAUGAGCAACUUGAAAGUGAGAGUGAACCCAAAGAAUAGCCUGGAAAACAGAGAAUCCAUGAUAUCACAAGUAAUUCUCUUCGAUGGACAGGAAAAAUGGAAAAUAAAAAAUACAUGCAUUGCCUGAUUGCCUGGGCUUCAAAACUUGCAUAUUAUGGUUUUGAGCUGACCAGAAAAGAUAGAAGUUUUCUAAUAUAAUGUAAUAUAACAUAACAUAUUUAUAUAUACACAUAAGUCCACAAAAACUAUUUGUAAGAAAUGAAUGUUUAUGAGUUUUUAUAUUACAUAUCUCUUAUUUUUAAAGUUAUCUCAUACUAACUCUGUUAAUCAGUAGGUAUCAGAUAAGGAAAUGUUAUAAUAAAUGCAAUGCCAUGAUUAA